GACUAAUGAUAUAAAUGCCGUACCUAACAAGAGUGCGUUCCGUUAUAUGCUCGCAAAAGUACACUUGUUUCAUUCCAAUUUAUUGUACUAGUGCAAAAGUCUUCGUGAGAACGAACAGACUUAAGUAUAUGUGCUCCUCUCUGUAGGAAUCGAUCCAUUUGUUUACGGAGGUCGUCUGCUAGCUCGACGUUUCGACAGUGUUUUGACGUUUAUGCAUUAUGCUGUAAAAAAGUGCGCUUUUAUGUAAUUAUUACGGGAGAACUGAUCCGCAAUGCCGGGAACAGAAGAUAACUCUACAGAGCUAGGAGAAAUUGAGAAUGUUAGGGUGGUGGUGAGAGUUCGACCUUUGAGCAGCAAGGAGCUAGAUAGCCACUGCAAGAACAUAACAGAUGUAGAUGCAUUAAACAGUGAAAUCACUGUAGAGAAUCCAAAUGCAGCACAGGGAGAGCCACCAAAGGUCUUUUCCUUCGAUGCAGUGUUUGAUACAGAUUCCACACAGGUGGACAUCUAUAACGAGACUGCCAGGCCAAUAGUAGACAAAGUACUUCAGGGCUACAAUGGAACAAUCUUUGCAUAUGGCCAGACUGGCACUGGCAAGACUUACACUAUGUCAGGUGCUAAAACCUCUCCACAGGCUAGAGGAAUUAUUCCAAACACAUUUGCACAGAUCUUUGGGCACAUAGCUAAAGCUGAUGAAAAUCAAAAAUUUCUAGUACGUGCGACGUACUUGGAAAUUUACAAUGAGGAAGUUCGGGACCUUCUCGGUAAAGAUCAGAAUACUCGGCUGGAGGUGAAGGAAAGACCAGACAUUGGUGUAUUUGUGAAGGAUUUGAGCGGAUACGUUGUGAAUAAUGCUGACGAUUUAGAUCGUAUAAUGUCGCUUGGCAAUAAGAAUCGCGUCGUCGGUGCUACUGCCAUGAAUGUAUCUAGCUCGAGAUCUCAUGCGAUAUUUACAAUUACCGUGGAAUCUAGUCAGAUUGGUGAAGAUGGAGAGCAACAUGUGAAAAUGGGGAAACUCCAUUUGGUGGACUUAGCCGGAUCAGAAAGACAAAGUAGAACAAAGGCCACCGGGGUGCGACUUCGUGAAGCCACUAAGAUUAACUUGUCACUGUCCACAUUGGGAAACGUAAUAUCCGCGCUGGUUGAUGGACAAAGUUCUCACGUGCCUUACAGGAAUUCCAAACUGACCAGGUUGCUUCAGGAUUCGUUGGGUGGAAAUUCGAAAACAUUGAUGUGUGCGAACAUUAGUCCGGCAGACAUAAAUUACGAUGAGACUAUAAGUACUUUACGUUACGCGAAUCGCGCAAAGAAUAUCAAGAACCGCGCGAGAAUCAACGAGGAUCCGAAAGACGCUCUGCUUCGUCAAUUCCAAGUUGAGAUUGAACAGUUGCGCAAGCAAUUGGAAGAGAACGGCGCGGAGCUUUCAGAGUCGGAAGAAGAAUCUGAGGAUUCGGAGGAGUCAAGAGAGACGAAGCGAGACAGAAAAGUUCGACGUAGAAGAAGUCAAGUGCUGACGAUGGAAGAAUUGGAAGACGGGGAUACCGAUUCGACGGAGAAGGUCGAUAAAGCUGAGAGAGAUGAUAAGAGCCCCGUGGAUAAAGACGUCAUUGAACUGAAGAGAACUCAGUAA